AUGUCCUGCCAGCAGAACCAGAAGCAGUGCCAGCCUCCACCCAAGUGCCCCUCCCCCAAGUGCCCUUCCCCCAAGUGCCCCGCAAAGAGCACAGCUCAGUGUCUGCCUGCAGCCUCCUCCUGCUGUGCUACCAGCUCUGGGGGCUGCAGUGUGCCCAGCUCUGAGGGAGGCUGCUUCCUGAGCCACCACAGGCGCAGGUCCCACAGAUGCAGGCACAGGAGCUCCUCCAGAUCGUGUGACCGUGGCAGUGGCCAGCAGUCGGGGGGCUCAGGCUGUGGCCACAGCUCUGGGGGCUGCUGCUGA